AUGCAUACCAACUACAUUUUCUCGGCUCUUGCCCUAGCUCUUCCCGUCUACUCGGCUAGCUCUACCGCCAAUAUGGGCUGCUACUCCGAAAUCGAAUCAUUCAAGAGCCAGGGUCCAUACACCUUCCAGUCAGUAGGAAAUUGCGAGAUGCAAUGCGCAAAGAACGAUUUCAAGGUCGUUGCUCUGAGCGCUGGCAACAUGUGCUACUGCGGCAAUAAAGUCCCCUCGGACUCCGCUAAGAUCGCCGACGAUAAGUGCGAUAUGCUCUGCGCUGGAUGGCCUGAGGAUAACUGUGGCGGCAGGGACACCUUCAGCGUGUUUCAGGCGGCCGAGAAUGUCAAAGCCUCUGGUUCCGAAAACGGCACCACUGUUACUGAACCCACUGCUGCCACCGCAGCUGGCGGAAUCAUCGUCGCACCCUCGAAGGUUUCCUCAUCAACCAGUAUCGCGACCGCUGCAUCCAAGAGCGCCAACGCUUUCUCCAAGUCUGCCUCUGGCGCUGUCGCAACUUCCUCCCCUACGCCCACGGAUAACGCUGCCGGAACAGUCCGCGCCGGGUCAUCGCUGCUCGGGGCUGUCGUUGUGGGUAUGGGCUUGCUUCUGUGA